UCACUGCAUAGACGACAAAAACGGAAGAUCCGCAAUGAGACGAAAAGGUCGACAACCUACGGCGAGAUGUCGCCAGGAACGACCGUUGGCUCCAGUUGUUUACCUUCUCCUGACAGUCUUAACCUUGCACUUCAUCUCCAAGUACAUCGGAGCGAAUUUGUUUUGGAACGAAAGUCAGGCAGCCGAAGUAGGAACGGCAUCUGAGCGUACCCCAGUACGGGUGUCAUCGGUCCAUCGCAGUCGUGACGCCGAGGUAGAUCUAGAUUUACCCCGCCAACGCCGCGCAAGUCCCGAGGAUUGGAACGGCGACGGCAACGCCAACAAGCCGAGCGAACAACACAUCAACCAAGCGGUCUCACCGGUCUUCUUCAAGAAUGCUCAUGAUCACAGCGUCAACUUCAGCAAAGUCAAAUCAUCCGCUAUCGAACGGCCGCCAAAAAAGAUGAGAAAAUUUUCUGAACUCCGUAGAAAUCUCGAAGAAUCCACAAUUAGCUACACAAAUCACGGCCCUGCUUCAAGUUUUCUACCAAAGUCUCGGCAUUCGCGACACGUUAGUGAGCCACUCUUUGAAGAAGAAAGUUCAGGCGAGAAACCGACAACUGUCCAAACACAGGAGCCCCGAAAUUCAACCGUGCACAAUCUCUCAACGGGUGAAAGUACUGUCGGACCCGAAACAGAAGAAGUCACUCAGACACUGUACACAGGACAACCAAAUGCGACUGAAUCCAAUGAAGGCAGUACAGCGAUUGCCACCACCGCCACAACGGUAAACCCACACCAGCACACGGGUUUGAACACAACGGCAACCACUUCGAAUUCCACACCAGGUGACAAUCAUCAAUGGUUACGCGUUUCUCCAUAUUGGUCUGUUCAAUACAACAGUUUUGAAAGGUGGAGGGAGCGAGCCUUGAAGGCAUUGGACGAGAUACCAAAGACUAUAUGGCUCGUGUCCUACACUCUACCCUUGGUUGUGGACUUCGGAUCGCCGCACGAACUAAGUCAGAUACGCGUUACGUACAUGAAAAACCAGCACGCGGUUACCGGGUACAGCAUUUAUGUUACAAACGGACCGCAUGCCCAGCGAACACAAGUCCAGUGGACGCACGUUCUGACCGUUCAAAGGCAAAACGUGAGCGCUAAGGGGCCAGAAACAGUCGCUGGAUUUUCUGGCAUCGGCCGCACGUGGAAAGUCAUGUUCUUACAUACACUCAGUGCGCAAGACAGAUGGUGUAGCACAACUUAUGACUACCGUGAUAGAGUCUUGGUGCGAAAGGUGGAGUUCUUUGGUUCAGAAGCGGGGGAACCUCGCCACUACAACAACUGGUUUUUCGUCUUAGACUAUCGCGCCAGUUACACCAUGACGAAGCUGAGGAUUGUCAACGACGGCUGUGACUGGCAGCACGACGUGAAGGCCUUCACGCUUCACGUGUCUCUCAGGAGUAGCCCUUACGACUGGACACUCGUCACGACUGUUACUGACGUGGCUGCCAACUACACUCUCCCGCAGUACUACGCCGGUUUCUCGGGGUCCGGCCGCUACUGGAAGGACGACGAUGAAAUGGCAGUGGGGACGGUUCUUGAUCGGGAAUUCAGUCUACGUACGAGCUUAUACACGUACGACGUGAAGUGGGUCCAAAGCGGGCACCCUGGCCAAUACUUCAUCGGAAACAGCAAAAAUACGCGACGGUUUGAUCUAUUCCCUGCUGGCUUUGGCCAUAUAGACUGGACUCCUCAGGUUAAUGUUGUUUCUUUGUACAUUUCGCCUCAGCCUGAGCUGCGUGGACUGCGAUGUUCGCACAAUGCCCAAUGCAGGCCCAGGGUGUGUGGGCUACACAUGACGGGAAACCCCUGUGCGUGUGACAAGGCAUGCAGGAUAUUUGGAGACUGUUGCUAUAACUACGAAGCCGUCUGUGGGGACGACGUAGCAGACGACGAAGUUCCCCCUGUCAUACAGCCAGACUCCUGCAAGGGACGAUGUGACAUGGAGAACAUUGUCAGUGUCGUGACGUGCAACUGCACGAGUUCCUGUAACACAACCCAAACAUGUUGCGAUGAUUUUGAAGAUGUCUGCCAAAGCGAAAAAGACGACGGGAACUGGACCAGCAGCAGCAACUGGACCACGGCAGCAGGAGGCAGUGAGCCGCUGCAGUGCGUGGCCCCCUGGAAAUCCCGUGCCCACUUCUGGAUGGUGGCGAGUUGCCCGCCCGGCUACACAGACGACGUCGUCCGGGGGAUGUGCGAGACUUCCGACGGGCACGUCGACAUGUUUCUCCACGCUCCUGUCACCGACAACUCCACCGACACCAACUACAGAAACGUCUUCUGUGCCCUGUGUAACGACGCUAGGUACAUGUUAGGCUGGAAAAUGGUCGCCAAAUGUGGCAGGCGCGUCCUAUCGCUAAAAGAAAUUCUACAAAGGGACAAGGGUUGUCAGCAGUAUUUCCGACCGUCAGGCUAUUCCUCUGCGCGACUGUGCUUCCCUCCCCAUACAACAGCUCCUAGUUCUAGUCCUGCCUGCGACGUCGAAAAGUGUCGAAACAUCACCGCUCUCUUCUUUGCAAAAGGUGUACCCUUUAGGAACUCCGCCUGUGCAAAUUGUUACGCAGAUAGGGCAUCUCUUUGGGAAGCUUCGUGUACCGAAGACGACUUUGUAUGGGCUGGUUUCUUCUCUACUAUAACUGUCCUUUUCGACUACUCGAAUAUUUUCCAAAGCAAGAUGUCGUCCAGAGAACUUGAGCUAAAGGACCAUACAGAGUCGUGUUCGGUUGGAUACAUAUAUGACCCGUUUCGAGACAGUUGCCGCCAAAUUUCCCCCGAUGCUCUGAUGAAAUUUAGCCAAGUUCCUGGUGUAGAAGAGACGAGAGCUUCUUUGGAAAAUGAUCCUGACAAUGUUCGUAGUGCCCCAACCCCGAGUAUCGUCACGGUAGAUAGCACAAGGACUCCACCCACAGUUCUCCCAAAGCUAAGCGCUACAUUCAUUGUUGUCAACACUGUCACUGGCGCUUCUGCCUCCGUUUCUAUCCUAUCCCUCCUCUCCAGCCUCCGACACCACCCACGCCCUGACACUGUCAUGAAAAUCUGUUUCCUGACUUCUCUUCUUCUGGCUCAGACCAGCCAAGUCGUGGGCCAGGUCGUUCCGUCAGCAGCCUGUUGCACAGCCAUGUUGGUGUGCACGCUCUGUUUCUGCCUCGCCGCUGGGCUGUCUCUCACUGCCACAAUCCACCACCUGUCUAUCCUACAGCGAGGUGGCACUUGUAAAGCAUCUGGCUAUCUCUUAGUGAUUUUGCUGAUUCCGCUGGCAAUGUCGGGAGGUUACAUUGCACUGGAUGACUCAAUCCGCAUGGGGGCGUCCCAGGAGUCCCACAGCUUUCCUCACUGUUGGAUCCAAGACCCCACGAAAAUGGCAAUCUUUGUCGCCGGGCCCUUUUUGAUCUGUACUGCAAUCAACCUCUACUACCUGCUACGCAUUGCCAUGAGGUGCGCUGCCGCCGAUUGCGUGCAGUACUUCUUUCUGACACAGGCGGCACUGCUUUUUCUCCCAUACACCGUUGCCAUGACCACUGGGAUUCUCACGGCCUUCGUAGGUGUAGAGUCACUGCGCUCGUUUUUCCUGUACAUGGUGACCUCUUUGGGUGGGAUAGACGGGUUCCUUUUCUUGGUAUUUUCGAUUGUUGACGAUGAGAACGACAAUCCCAAUGAUUCCUCUCACGGCAACGUCCCGACUUUACCGAUUCAAGCCGUAUCUUCACUCAACUCCUCUACUAAAUAAGAUGGAACAAAAUUUCAGCAUACCCGAUCGCGAGCAUGGCUUAACGCUUGAAGUUCUUUUUUCUUCUCUUGACUUGCACCUGUAAAAGGUAAUAUUGAG